AUGGGCAGCUCCAGCCCAGGCCUGAGCAGCAUGCCCCCUGGCCGCCUCCUGCUGCCCGCCGACGCGGUGUUGCGGACAGGUCUGGAGAAGGUGGCAGCAGGGGCAGUGGGGCCCGAGCGAGGGGAUUGGAGCCCCAGUCCACCUGCCACGCCUGAGCAGGGCUUGUCCGCCUUCUACCUCUCCUACUUUGACAUGCUCUACCCCGAGGAUAGCAGCUGGGCGGCCAAGGGCCCCGGGGCCAGCGCUCGGGAGGAGCCGCCCGAGGAGCCUGAGCAGUGCCCGGUCAUUGACAGCCAGGCCCCAGGGGGUAGCCUGGACUUGGCACCGGGCGGGCUGACCCUGGAGGAGCACUCCCUUGAGCAGGUGCAGUCCAUGGUGGUGGGUGAGGUGCUCAAGGACAUCGAGACGGCCUGCAAGCUGCUGAACAUCACCUCAGACCCGGUGGACUGGAGCCCUGGCAAUGUGCAAAAGUGGCUCCUGUGGACGGAACACCAGUACCGGCUGCCCCCUGUGGGCAAGGCCUUCCAGGAGCUGGGGGGCAAGGAGCUGUGCGCCAUGUCUGAGGAGCAGUUCCGCCAGCGCUCGCCCCUGGGCGGGGAUGUGCUGCACGCCCAUCUGGACAUCUGGAAGUCAGCUGCCUGGAUGAAAGAGAGGACUUCGCCUGGGGCAAUUCACUACUGUGCAGCAACCAGUGAGGACAGCUGGACCGAUAGUGAGGUGGACUCGUCCUGCCCCGGGCAGCCCAUCCACCUGUGGCAGUUCCUCAAGGAGCUGCUGCUCAAGCCCCACAGCUACGGCCGAUUCAUUCGGUGGCUCAACAAGGAGAAGGGCAUCUUCAAAAUCGAGGACUCAGCCCAGGUAGCCCGGCUGUGGGGCGUCCGGAAGAACCGUCCUGCCAUGAACUACGACAAGCUGAGCCGCUCCAUCCGCCAGUAUUACAAGAAGGGCAUCAUCCGGAAGCCAGACAUCUCCCAGCGCCUGGUCUACCAGUUUGUGCACCCCAUCUGAGGGCUAUGGGCGGGCCCAGGGCCUCCCUGGAAACUCGCCCAUGCCAGGCCUCCCUCCUGCCUGCCUUGGCCAGACCCGGAGCAGUGGUGGAGAGGGUAGUCUGUUGGUGUGCCACAGUUCAGGGCCAGGGAGGGGGUGGCCCAUGCUCCCAGGGGUGGAAGAGCGCUCUCUGGAGCCAGGGACCCUGGGGUGGGCAUGCUGCCCCUUCAGGCUUGACUGCUUACCUGCCUGGGCACUGGGGUAGUCCCAUGGAGGAUGGGGCAGCCAGGGCUAUUCUCAGUGUUCACUGCUCCCCUGGGAAGGACUUCCCUCCAGCCCCAGCCUCUGACGCCAGAACUGCCUGGGCAGAGCCGAAAGCCUACAGGAUGGCAGUGACCUGGUCAAAGUCACUCAGCCUGUUUGUGGCCAAGCCAGGUUCCAGACUUGCAGUCCAGUGCUCUCUGCCACAUCCCACUGCCAUCCAUUCUGCACCCGCCUACAUGGUGCCAGCAGAAGUUUGCACCCCUGAGUUGGC